AUGGCCCUGGACGUUUGCCCUAUUCUGCCUCGCCGGGCGGACUGGGGCAGCGAACCUCAGUCAAUCCCCAUUUCGAGACAGGUAUAUGUGAUCGCGGCGUUUGAAGAUGCCGUCAAGCUCGUCCAGCGGAUACAAGACCAGCGAGAAACCGGCAAUGGUGUGCGACUCCCAAAAGGACCGACACGCGACCUUCUCGAAUCGCUGGCGCUGGGACCGGCGAUAGUCCGUGGUCACUACGAACACGAUCUCAAGAGAUUCGGCGAACAGUACGCCUGUGGAGAUAUACAAGCAAGGGAAGGCAUGAAAGAUAUCCUCAUAAACCUACAGAUGACGUUGAUCAUCACCCUACGCACCGUCUACAUGGACAACAUGGACCUCGAUUUCAAUGCUCUUCAGACAACCUCGGACAACUGCCGUGUAAAUGCUGGGGUGUGUCUGGGUCAACUUUCGCAGCGGCUGUCGGAGGCUGUAAGAGCUCAAGCCCACCAUCCCACCAGUAUCGCAGCCUCGAACACGUCUGGCUUGAUGAUCCCCUUGUCUCCCUCCAUAGGGUACUCUAGUAGCAGGAGUACUUUCUCUUCUUCCGGGAUCCAAGCCCCUCUCACACCACCACCCUCGAUGGCAGACCAAUUCGGUAACAUGAGCAUAUCCAAGACGGCCCGCCCUUCUUAUCUUGACCGCAAUGUCUCUGCAGGUUCUCCAGGAUCUCAGGAUCUUUAUGGUCGACAACUGGUUCGUCCUUCGAAUUCAAUCGCGGAGCAGCAUCCAGCGGCGGCUCCUCCUGUUGAUGUUCUCCAAGUGGGUGACGCUGCGGACGAGGUGGAUAUGCGAAGACGCUCAUCACAGGCUCUGGCUUCAGACGAUAAUAUCUUGAUGCUUUUCCCUGCACCUGGAGGUCAACUUACGACCAGUAUUCCGUCACUGGAAGCAGACAAAGACCCUUCUGCAACAAAUGGCGCAAUGAAACACUCACCAAAAGCGUCACGAGGCUCAAGUAGCCACAGAAGCCAGAACUCGCGGGAUCGCUAUGGUCCAGACGACUAUGAUGAGCACUUGGACUGCGGCAGAGGCAGGAAGGAUGGCCGCCAAUACAGCAACAGCACGGUAUAUGAUAUGUACAACCCACCUAUCUCCCCGCCGCAGGAACGGGGUCGACUCUCUUCAGGCUCAGGGUCAGGCUCGAAUUCACAGUCAUACUCGUCACGAGCACAAACUUCCAACCACGGCACCUUGCAACACGUGCAUUAUUUACAAGAGAAUAGUCGUCCACGACGCUCUCAGCCUCCACGAACCGAUUCUCUCAACACACAUCCCGCACGGCGCCAGACAAUGUACGACGACCACCUUCACCAGUCGCAGCAGUCCACGCAUUGGCAGCAAUCGCAGGCUUCCUCUUCUUCCAUGGCGUUGCAACCACCUCUCCUGCCACGACGAUUACGUCCCUUGGGUGCAGAGGUGAAUGCAUUUCCCAACGACUCACCGCAGCCUGAUCUCCGUCGUCAUCCUACUGUGUCAUUACCUACACUGCCGCCCACUCAGGCACUUCCUCAAGCACCGACGGCGCCGCAACACCCACAACAGCACCAGCACCAGCACCCCUUAAUGGUCACAGGCCAUCUCAGUCCCAGUACCACAACCCACAGUUCCGCGUCAAUCCACUCAUCCAUCUACAGCGACCGCGACCACGAUCACCACUCGAACUCGACGGGAGGACCACCACCCCUAUCAUCAUCAUCCAGCAUCAUUGCCCCUUUCCCCAGCAGCAGCGGGCCCUUAAUCCUCCCCACCGACAAAGACACAUUGGGUUUCUGCCGGGGCGCAUUCCGCUUGCAAGCCGGCCUGGAGCGCAAGGCGUUCACCCUGGCCAGCCGGCCUGUCGGCUUCACAGGCACCGACACGUACUGGCGCUGCGAAAAGUGCCACUUCGAAGGGCCCCAGCACACGUCGAUCAACGUGUCGUCGGACUCGAAACGCAAAGGGAAGCCCGAACGGAGCUUCGACCCCAGGAUCCGCACCUCGGAAGGUGGCGGGGUGCGGUACAAAUGGGUUUUCCUGGCACGCUGUCACGUCCAGCUCAAAGGGAUGGUGCCGGUGGGCGAGGCCAAGGACGGAAGUUUUGGAAGUUUCGGUUGUAUCUUUUGUUGUGCAGAGGGGAAAUAUCGUGGGUGGACCAGUGCUACCACUACUACUACUCAUCACCAGCAGCAACAGCAGCAAUACCAGCGUACUUUGUCUUCGGCCUCGUCAGCCACGGAGCACGAAAAUGCAAACGAGAAUGCUAAGAAGCAUACUACAUCGGGUACCAGCACGAACUCGCCGCUAACCAACGGUGAAAACCAUGGACAUGGACAUGGACUUGGGAUCUUUGGGGCCAAGGGCAAGGGCAAAACCAAGUCGUCAUCCACGACUUCCUCCAGACACGCUCCAAACUCUGCUGCAAAAGUUGUCAGCGGUGGCGAGGGCAUCAUGGCCACCGCCGGCACCACCAACAGGCCUCCUAUUUUUGGCAAUGUAGCCAGCUUCAUGCAACACCUUGAACGCGUCCAUCGGCCGCAGGAGGGAUGGCCGAACGCAGAAAUGCUAGGCCGGUUCAAGGUCGUCGUGGGCCGCUUGGCCGGAGUACACGAGGAUGGAUGGGAUAUUAAUUUUGUUCCUUACCGAGAAUGA